AGGAAGCGCGUUGUUUUGUUUUGACCCCUGACCGCGAGGAAGAUGUCUGCGGCCGACGUGGAAGACUUUAUUCUCCAAAACAGAGACGUGGCGGAGCGGGUGGAGACGUUCCGCGGCUACUGGGAGAGCGGCAAGCACUGGGACGCCCGGAGGGAGUUCCUCCUGCGGAACAUGAACGACUUUGAAGAAAGCAACGUGGACCAGCUGCUGUCCCUGUCCAUGGUCUGGUCCAACAACGUCUUCAUGGGCUGCAGGUACAGCGCAGAGCUCCUGGAGAAGGUGAAGGAAAUGGCUGAGGGCAUCGUGGUGGAGGAUGCACCGGUCUUCAAGACCAGAGAUGAGAUCAUGAAGAACCAACAGGGUCGAUGACCGGACCAGUCAUUUGGGAUCAACAGUUAUUGGAUUCUGGAUCUUCCUGUGUCUACAAGGAUGACACUUUUAAUGAUUUUACAACACUUGUUUUUAAAUGGAUUUUAUAAUGCUUUGUAAUCAACGGACCAUUGUUGUUGUUUUUAAGUUAAAAGUAGAAAAACUGCCUUUUUCGUUGUACAGACAGCACAGACUUUUUAAAAUGCGAGUUUCACUCAUCUUUUAUCCAUUUUAAAUUUUAAGUGUAAGUAUUGUUUUUAGGGCAUAUUUGAAAUAUGCAAAUACAUGUUUGAAAAAUCUCACUUUGAGACUUGGAAUAAAGGACUUGUUUUCUAAUUGGUGAGUUAUGUUGUGCCUCUAUUGUAAGAAUUUGGUUAAUAUCUUGAUAAAAUGGAGCAGAACCUUGUUAUUAGUCUUUAGAUUGCCCAAAUUGUGCUUAGUAAAUGAAUCUUCAGUAAAGCUGGGUGAUAUAACCUCAAAUUUAAAUCCGGAUUAAUUGAAAAUUCACCUUGAUUUCAAUUGAGUAAUUUAUUUGUAGCCCUGAUUAGCCAUUAUCAAGGUUUUGCUCUUAAUAUUCAACAAUUACAACUGGGAUUUUUUUUUUCCCAGCGUACAUAUCUUUGAAAUUUUAAAUA